AUGAGGGAGGUAAGGAGCAGAACAGAACAACAAUUUUCAGGGGGUGUUUUGUUGCUUCAAUCGACUAGAUGGUGGUGGAGCAAGAGGCUACUUCUUCUUGAUGAUUUUCGAGGAAACAACACCUCCAAAGGAGAAGGCUUAUGGUUUCCUGCAGGUUCAAGAAAACAUGAUGCCUUCUCUUCCCUACUAGAAAUGCUUUCUCAAGCAAAACAGAUCCAUUGCAAGUGUAAUGUGCAUACAUCGAGUUGGAAAUGGACUCCGUUUUCAGUUGAUUUGGCAACAGUAUCAAGCAACCUCCGAAGAAAUCAUAAGUAUGGAAACACCAAAUCAUUAGAUCAUAAGCCAUGUCUGUUGCAGACCCAUGGCCCUUUUCCUAAACUUCAGUUCUCUUCUUCCAAUUCCUGCUUUUAA